GUAUAUAUAGGACAUCAAUUUAUAAAUCAGCACUCUGAGAAAGCCAUCAUACCACGAACCAACCCACCAUGUCACUUAAAGCUUUCCUGUGUUUGGCGCUCUUCGGGCUAGUAGCAGCAGAGGCUGGAAAAAAGGGAUACAGUCCAAAGUAUAACCUGAAAACAUAUGGGAAUCCGUUAGGACCUUUUCUUGGUGGCAAUGGAUUUCAAGGAAAUAACGGCGCUGGAUAUCCUUUGAAUGGUUUAACUGGAUAUGGAUAUGGUAGUUAUGCAAACAACUUUUAUGGAUUAGGUUCACCAUUACGCUAUGGCGGCCAUGUCGGGUACAACAACUAUGGCACACAACGUGGAUUUCUUGGAAACGGAUUAAUGAACGGAAGGGGUUUGAAUGUAUUAGGCGGUUAUAGGAAUUACGGUGUUUAUAAUAAUGAAGUUAUGCCAUUCAAGGGAUAUGGAUUUGGUCAAGGACUUGGCGGAUACGGGGGGAAUAACAAUUUAAUUGGUUCCGGGGCAUUUGGCAUUGGUCGUGUAAAUGGGUAUGGAUCAUAUGGUAUCGGUGGCAUGAAUGGUUAUGGAGCAUAUGGUAUGAGUGGUUUUGGUGGCAUCAAUGGUUACGGAGCAUAUGGUAUGGGUGGUUUUGGUGGAAUUGGUGGAAUUGGUGGUUUAAAUGGUUAUGGAUCACACAGUAUUGGUGGAUUCAGAAACCAAAGAUACGGAUAUAGUGGUGUUGGUAAAUUUGCAGGUAAAAAAGGAACAUAUUAGAAAUCCAUGAUUCAUUGAGUAGACGUUAACGGU